AUGGCGAGUCUUCUGCAAAAUAUAUUGGCAUUUAUAGUUUUGGGAUUUUCUUUAGGUUUUACAAGUGAAUUAGAAGCUGCCAAAAUAGUGUAUGUGCCAUGGAGCUUCUCUACUGUUCAAGCAGCCAUUGAUUCUGUGCCAUCAAACAAUAAUAAUUGGAUCGUCAUCGAUAUCAAGGCUGGGAUUUACAAUGAGCAGGUGAAAAUCCCUACAGACAAGCCAUUUAUUCAUCUAAAAGGAGAAUAUGGGAAAACUUCAAUUGUUUGGGGUGCAAUCGACUCUAUAUUCGAUUCUGCAACUUUUGAUUCCUUGGCUGAUAAUAUUCUUGUCACAGGAAUCAAUUUUGUGAACUCCUACAAUUAUCCACUAAGGAAGGGCGGAAAUCCGGCUAAGAUAGCGUUGGCGGCGAGGAUCGCCGGCGACAAAUCGGCUUUGUAUGAUUGUAGUUUUUCGGGGUUUCAAGACACAUUGUACGAUUACGAUGGCCGGCAUUAUAUCAAGAGAUGCAACAUCACCGGUGGUGUUGAUUUUAUAUUUGGGAAUGGACGAUCUUUAUAUGAGGACUGCACCAUAUCAGUGGAUCCUGAUUCACAGCUAGAUGACAACUUUGUAGGUUACAUCACUGCUCAAGGAAGAGAAAACCCAAAUAAUAAUACUGGUUUUGUUUUCAAAAAUUGCAAUGUGAUUGGAAAUGCCAAGGUGUAUCUUGGAAGAGCAUGGAGGCCUUAUUCCAGAGUCAUAUUCUACAAUUCGUUCCUCUCAGAUAUCAUCCUUCCUCAGGGAUGGGAUUCUUGGAAUAAUGAUGUAUAUAAGUUAACCUUUGUUGAGGAACAAUGCCGCGGAUUAGGUUCGGACAAGUCGAGCCGAGUGAAGUGGAAGAAAACAUUAGGCCAAGCGGAGUUACAAUAUCUAACAAGUAUUUCUUACAUUGAUAAUGAAGGAUGGCUGUCCAAACUACCUUAUUAUUAA